CAAACUCCUCUUAUAUUAUCAUAAACCCUACUAUAAACCCUCAUAGCAGCUCGCUUGCUGUUCACAGAGUUCAUUUCACUGUUCUCUCUCUGGCUUAGCUAUCUUGAAAUUCCUUUCCAAUUUCAAGCUUGUCAACCAUGCACAGGCUUUCAAGGCGUUCUGUUUCUUCAAUCCUGCGAGCCGCUGGCUCACCUUACCGGAGGAGCGUAGCCGCGGCCCAUCUCUCUUGCUCUUCUCACUUGGCCGGUUCGGCUGUGGAUGGAGAUAACCGAGUGAGAUGGUACUCGGCAGUAACCUCCGGGAAACUGAUACCAAAUAAAGCUGACCCUUCAACUCAGUGGAACUUGAAAAACGGCUUGUUUUUGGGUAAUCGAUACGAGUCCACUGCAGCGCAAUCUGAUGCAUCAUCUCCUCCACCACCAGUGGGUGAAAAAUAUGAAUAUCAAGCUGAGGUUAGUCGCCUCAUGGACCUCAUCGUUAAUAGUUUAUACAGCAACAAAGAGGUGUUUCUUCGGGAGCUUAUCAGCAAUGCAAGUGAUGCCUUGGAUAAGCUGCGAUUUCUUGGUGUCACAGAGCCUGAGCUUUUGAAGGAUGCUGUUGAUCUUGAUAUCCGUAUUCAAACUGAUAAGGACAAUGGAAUUGUGACUAUAACUGACUCUGGCAUCGGUAUGAAUCGCCAAGAAUUAAUUGACUGUCUAGGAACUAUUGCACAAAGUGGAACUGCAAAAUUUUUGAAGGCAUUGAAGGAUAGCAAAGAUGCUGGUGCUGAUAACAAUUUAAUUGGUCAAUUUGGUGUUGGCUUUUAUUCAUCUUUCCUGGUUUCAGAUAGGGUGGUUGUCUCGACAAAAAGCCCAAAAUCUGAUACACAAUAUGUAUGGGAAGGCGAGGCCAAUGCUAGCUCCUAUACCAUUCGAGAGGAGACAGACCCUGAGAAGCUCAUUCCAAGAGGAACCCGUCUUACAUUGUAUCUUAAGCAUGAUGACAAGGGCUUUGCAAAUCCAGAGCGGAUUCAGAAGCUUGUGAAAAACUACUCACAGUUUGUUUCAUUUCCAAUAUACACCUGGCAGGAAAAAGGAUACACUAAAGAGGUUGAGGUUGAUGAGGAGCCAACUGAAGCCCAAAAAGAUGAACAGGAUGAUAAAACUAAUAAAAAGAAGAAAACAAAAACCGUUGUUGAGCGGUACUGGGACUGGGAACUGACUAAUGAGACCCAACCACUAUGGCUUCGCAACCCUAAGGAAGUGUCUACAGAGGAAUAUAAUGAGUUUUACAAGAAAACAUUUAAUGAAUACUUGGAACCAUUAGCAUCCUCACAUUUCACAACAGAGGGUGAGGUGGAGUUCAGAUCUGUACUAUAUGUGCCAGCUGUUUCUCCUACAGGAAAGGAUGACAUAGUUAAUCCCAAGACAAAAAAUAUCAGGCUCUAUGUGAAAAGAGUAUUCAUUUCAGAUGAUUUUGAUGGAGAGCUGUUCCCUCGGUAUCUAAGCUUUGUGAAAGGUGUCGUGGACUCGAAUGAUCUUCCUCUCAAUGUUUCACGUGAAAUUCUUCAAGAAAGUCGUAUUGUACGGAUCAUGCGGAAACGAUUGGUUCGAAAGGCCUUUGACAUGAUUUUGGGAAUAUCUAUGAGUGAGAAUAGAGAAGACUAUGAGAAGUUCUGGGAGAACUUUGGCAAAUAUUUGAAAUUGGGUUGCAUUGAGGAUCGUGAAAACCACAAGCGUAUUGCGCCACUGCUUAGAUUCUUCUCUUCCCAGAGUGAGGAGGAGAUGAUAAGCUUGGAUGAAUAUGUAGAGAACAUGAAACCUGAUCAGAAGGAUAUCUAUUAUAUUGCUUCUGAUAGUGUGACCAGUGCCAAGAACACACCUUUCCUAGAGAAACUUAUUGAGAAGGAUCUUGAAGUGCUGUUCUUAGUUGAUCCCAUUGAUGAGGUUGCUGUCCAGAACCUGAAAUCAUACAAGGAGAAGAAUUUUGUUGAUAUCAGCAAGGAAGACUUGGAUAUAGGUGAUAAGAAUGAGGAAAAAGAGAAGGAGAUGAAGCAGGAGUUUGGCCAAACUUGUGAUUGGAUUAAGAAGCGUUUGGGUGACAAAGUUGCCAGUGUACAAAUCUCAAACCGCCUGAGCUCCUCACCCUGCGUUCUUGUAUCUGGGAAAUUUGGUUGGUCUGCCAACAUGGAAAGGCUAAUGAAGUCGCAAACAGUUGGUGACAUGUCUGGCCUGGAAUUCAUGAGAGGCAGAAGAGUGUUUGAGAUCAAUCCUGAACAUGCAAUAAUUAAGAACUUAAAUGAGGCAUGCAGGAUUAACCCAGACGAUGAAGAUGCCCUGAAAGCUAUUGAUCUUCUUUAUGAUGCAGCUUUAGUCUCCAGUGGGUUUACUCCUGAGAAUCCAGCACAGCUUGGUGGGAAGAUAUAUGAGAUGAUGGGCAUUGCCAUAUCAGGGAAAUGGUCUACUCCUGCAUCUCCUCAACCUCACAUCCCAGAAACAUUAGAAGCUGAGGUGGUUGAGCCAGUUGAAGCUGGUAGUCACAAGUGAAUAUCCCAGAAACAUUAGAAGCUGAGGUGGUUGAGCCAGUUGAAGCUGGUAGUCACAAGUGAAUAUCCCAGAAACAUUAGAAGCUGAGGUGGUUGAGCCACUUGAAGCCGGUAGUCGCAAGUGAAGAUGGCAACAACAAGCGUAUUUUUGUUUCUCCAUUCCCUUGUUUCCAGACGCAUAACACUCGGGAAAAAUUAGGGCGCAGUUCAUAGAUGAGAGAGUUGCAUGUUAGGCAAAUUGGACAGUCAAAUGUCUGGAGUUUCCAAGAUUUCUCAUUAACAGUAUCGCGAGUAUAUUAUUAUUA